AUGGACGUCUCUGGCAUCGCAUUAAUCACGGGCGCUGCAUCUGGAAUCGGUUACGCCUGUGCCUUGGGUUUCGCAAAAGAAGGUGCUUCUGGCCUCGCUUUGCUUGACCUGACCGAAGAGGCUUUGGUCAAAGUGAAAGCCGAUAUCGAGGAGGCACAGCGGAAGCUUGGGAAAACAACUCCAGUCCGUAUCGAAAUCUAUCCGACCAAUGUGGCAGAUGAGAAUCGCGUCGAUCAAGUUGUCCAGGAUGUAGCUAAGACCUUUGGCCGACUGGACUAUGUUGUCAACGCUGCGGGUAUCGCCAUGAAGCACCAGGGCGGUGCGGCCUUUGCAGAGACUGCUGACUGGGAGCGCAUUCUUAAUAUCAACUUGACGGGGACAUUCUUCGUGCUUCGCGCUGCGGCACGCAUCAUGCUAAAGCAGGAGCCGAUCAAAUCCAGCAUUGAUGGGCGGCCGCUACAGCGUGGCUCUAUUGUCAACUUCUCCUCUAUUCAGGGUGUUGCAGGCAUCACCCUAUCGACUGCAUACACUACAAGUAAACAUGCCGUCAUAGGGCUCACGCGAACGGCCUCGGAGGACUAUGCGAAAGACGGAUUGCGCAUCAAUGCAAUCUGCCCCGGAUACACAGAGACACCGCUUACCACCAAGUCGCCGGCGAUCUUGGAAGCGAUGGUCCAGCGUGUUGCGACUGCUGUUCCAAUGGAACGCAUGGGACGACCCGAGGAGAUUGCUGAUGGAGUGUUGUAUCUUGCUGGCGGAAGGAGUUCGUUCGUGACUGGAACAGCAUUGAUGGUUGAUGGUGGAUAUACUCAGCGGUGA